GAUGCAGUCUUUUGCUGCAUCCUGUUCCUACCAGCCCAGCUGGUGUCAUCUGGCUAGGCACUCAUGUCCCUAUGACAUUUUGUGCGACACUACGUUUAUGGAGCACUGGAGACAUAGGAGCAGAUCACAUGAAGACCCUCUCUCCUCCAGUACUUGGCUAGAAGAUCUGCUUUGCCUGAGGAAUGGAACGGAAUCUAAGAACUGCAGUUUUCUGGGUAUCUGGACUUCCCCUGAAAAGUGUUCUAGACUAAGCAGGAAGAAACAAUCUCCCUAAUGCACCUGCAGGAAAUCAGAAGAGACCUCAAGCAAGGCCUGCGGGGCACCAGCCGCUAGACCAGCCGCUCCGGAACAUCAGGACUCAUCCACUGGCCCUGCGACCGGCCUAGCUCAGCUCCGCCCAGGCAUCCCCAGCCCAGCCAACAGCCGUACUUCCAACUCUAUCACAGUCUGGCUCUGCCAGGCCAAUGACUGCGCUUCCGAUCCCGCCCCUCCUCCCCACGCCUGACCAAUAGCUGCGUGGCUGGCUUCGUCCCGCCCCCUUCAUCUGCGAGGGCUCUGCACAGUCGAACGCGGUCAACCUGUUGCCUAGUCUGGUUUCUCUUGUCCAUCUCAGUCCAUCCCACCCUGCCAGGGUCCGAGUCACUCCAGAAGCUGAGCAGCCAUGACAUUUGCUGAGGACAAGACCUAUAAGUAUAUCCGAGACAACCACAGCAAGUUUUGCUGUGUUGACGUUCUGGAGAUCCUGCCUUACCUGUCCUGCCUCACAGCUAGUGACCAGGGACCUCACUCCGCUCCCUAGAGCCACUGCAGUUACCAGACUUUCCUGCUGCGGUUUCUGGACCCUCUGCAUUUGCGCCAGGUCACAACAUCCCUGACCAUGGCUUACGAGAGACACCAAGUUGCCCCAAGCCUGUCCAGGACACCCAGCCACCAGAGUCCCCAGUAGAGAAUUCAGAGCAACUCCUCCAGACCAACUCCGGGGCCGUCGCGAGGAUGUCUGGUGGCUCUUUGAUACCCUCUCCUAACCAGCAGGCUCUCAGCCCUCAGCCCUCCAGAGAGCAUCAAGAGCAAGAACCAGAACUGGGUGGCGCCCACGCAGCAAAUGUUGCCUCUGUUCCCAUAGCAACCUAUGGACCUGUGUCUCCAACCGUUUCCUUCCAGCCCCUUCCACGUACUGCCCUGAGGACAAACCUCUUGUCUGGGGUCACAGUAUCAGCCCUAUCUGCUGAUACCUCUUUGUCCUCCUCGUCCACUGGAUCAGCUUUUGCAAAGGGAGCUGGUGACCAGGCCAAAGCUGCCACCUGUUUCAGUACUACACUCACCAAUUCUGUGACUACCAGCUCAGUGCCUUCUCCCAGAUUGGUCCCAGUAAAAACCAUGUCUUCCAAGUUGCCCCUCAGUUCAAAGUCCACUGCUGCGAUGACGUCUACUGUGCUCACCAAUACAGCGCCAUCAAAAUUACCCAGCAACUCAGUGUAUGCGGGCACAGUGCCAUCCAGAGUGCCUGCUAGUGUGGCCAAAGCACCUGCCAACACAAUACCACCUGAGAGGAACAGCAAGCAAGCCAAGGAGACCCCGGAGGGUCCAGCAACCAAAGUCACCACUGGAGGCAACCAGACUGGACCAAAUAGCAGUAUCAGGAGCUUGCACUCUGGACCAGAGAUGAGCAAGCCAGGUGUGCUGGUAUCCCAGUUGGACGAGCCAUUCUCAGCCUGCUCUGUGGACCUUGCCAUUAGCCCUAGCAGCUCCUUGGUCUCAGAACCCAACCAUGGUCCAGAGGAGAAUGAGUAUUCGUCCUUUAGAAUCCAGGUAGACGAAAGCCCCAGUGCUGAUCUAUUAGGAAGCCCUGAGCCACUAGCCACCCAGCAGCCCCAAGAAGAGGAAGAACAUUGUGCCAGUUCAAUGCCCUGGGCUAAGUGGCUUGGGGCCACCAGUGCACUCUUGGCUGUAUUCCUGGCAGUGAUGCUGUACCGUAGUAGGCGCCUGGCCCAGUGAAGCCUCAGCUGUAUGCUGUUCUCUUGCUCAGUUCUGCCAAGCAUGUUCUCUAGGCUUGGGCUAGUAGAGGCUGAGUCAGAGAAACUUAAAUAUGGCGAGGUCCACUGAGCUAUCCAGGUAGAUAGCUACACCAAGACGUCAUCACUGUUGGGUGGGGGAGAGACAUUGUUUUAUCCUGGUUCAUAUGUCAUCUUCUGGUCUUCAGCUUUUGGAGGCACUGUGUUACCUCCAUUGCUCCUGACCUGCCCACGUGGCAGUGUAAGAGUUCAUGCUCUGUGCUCCUAAGGAGGUAUCUCCACCAGCUUUAUCCCUGUUGGCCCAAGCCUGAAGAUGAGGAGGUAUCGCACUGUUGACAAUGCCCCUCAUCUCGCCCAGAUCUUCUGAAACACAAGCGUAGGUACACUGAUGAGUGCUCCCAUAGCAUCUUAUGCCUUCCACCGGCAGCCUGGUCUAAGGCCUUGGCAGGAGAGCCUGGGAGUAACAGAGUGGCUGGUCUCUAGGGAGCUUUGAGUGCUCUGCCCCUUUGGGCCCUCUCCACAGCCAGUCAACCCUGAGGGUGAGUCUGGAGGUUCUCUGUGGACUCUUAAGAAAGCCAGAAGCAACUGCCAGGCCUGAGGAAGCCCCUGGGAGGGAGCUUUUCUCCAACCUCCUUACCCCCUCCUCGCUUCUCCACUCCUGGUCUCCAUUCUCUCCCUAUACUGGAUGAUGAGAUACCUAGUGGGCAGAACUCAGGCUGGGCUUGCAUCAGUUCCACCCUUUCCCUGGCCUUUAGCAGAUGUCUAGCUUCUCUAGUCUUGUUCCCAAUGUAGAUAGCGGGCAGCUCUUCCUUUUACUGGGCUCCUCUGAGUUUGAAGGAUACAGAUACUUGCCUAGUACUUAUCUCAGAGGGUGUGAGUACAAGUUCUUGCCCUCCUGCCCUGGCUGGCUGAGCUAAGGUGAGAGUGUGAGAGGCAGAGUGCAUAUUGGUAAUGGCAGUCUUUGAGAGAGCAGCCUUCAUCUCCAUCAUGCUUCUUUCUCCUCCCUGGUCAGGUGUAGGCCUCACCUCUGUGCCUCACUUUUCUUACCUGUGAGAUGGGGUGAGUAUGUGUGUGUAUACACACACAUACCCACAGACCCACGCCCACACCCACACAUACAUGCUAAUAUAUUCUCACCUGUGAGAUGGAAAGUAUGCAUACAUUGAUGCUAAUAUAUUCUAGUUUUAUCAGGAUAAUUAAAAGAGUUUAUCUGUGCAAA